AUGUCUUAUUCAGUGGAAAAUAUAGCAUUUGCACGUCAGGUUACUGCUAAGGAGUUCCCUCGCAAUUUGGUCGAUCUCCGCUACUUCACGUAUAGUAAGUCGGAGACCGACACCUGGGCCUACUUUAUGGUCAAUCUGGCCGCCUACUUCAGCGUUUCACUAAUCAGUUUGGUAAUGCAUAAUGACCUUGAUGACUUGGGGCUUGGCGUUCCAUUUGAUGUAUACGUCCAAACCACUAAGCCAAAUCGCUGCAUUGAAAGUGAGGGAUUCCCGUGGAAUGUCUGUGCAAAAAACAUUAUGUUUACUUCCAAAGGCCAGAGAAUCAAUUUGAGGUGCAAUGGAAUGAAUGAAAAUGUAACCAAAAUAUUUGUUUCCAGGGGCGGGCCCGAUGCAAUUCCCGUCUUUCCCGCGCUUAAGAUGAGUGAGUUGCAGAUUUACGGCGUCAAGACUGGAGAAUUCCCACGGCGUUUUGAUAAUAAUCUAUAG